AGAGAGAGAGAGAGAGAGAGAAAGAGAGAAAGAAAAGAGGGAGAGUGGAAUUCAGUCCUGUUUAAAUGGAAAUCUAGAGCGCAGAGAGGAAAAAGAAGGCAGACAGAGAAAGCAAGAAAGAGAGCAGAUCAAUAAAAAAAGUGGAGACAGAUUUAUUUUACGCACGGGAAAAAAGCACCAAACGAGGAGAAGAAAGGAAAGGUGGGAAAAAGGCAUCAAUUUUUUUUUCUACUAAAUGUGGCUUUUUUUACUCUCAUGAUUCCAAGAGGAUUCCAGUUGACUUGAGCCGCUCGGGAGGGAUUGAUGGUGUCUUUUCGGGGAAGCAGAGCCGAGGGGAGGAAUCUGAAUGCGCUCGGCUGAACCAUGCCAGCCCUGUGGAUCAUAACAUUGGCCAUCACUUUUAACCAAGUGUGGUGCAUUCGCUUCUCUCAGGAGCCGGCGGACCAGUCGGUGGUGUUGGGAGAACGAGUGGUGUUGUCCUGCGUGGUCUUCAACUACAGCGGCAUUGUCCAGUGGACCAAGGACGGUCUGGCCCUCGGCGUCGGAGAGGGUCUCCGAGCCUGGCCUAGGUACCGUGUUCUGCGGGCUCUGGACAUCGGCCAGUACAACCUGGAGAUCUCCAAUGCGGAGCUGUCUGAUGACUCUCUGUACGAGUGUCAGGCCACAGAGGCUGCCCUGCGCUCCAGGAGGGCCAAACUCAACGUACUCAUCCCCCCUGAGGACCCGGUGGUGGACGGAUCCCCGGAGCUCCUGCUGAUGGCCGGGACUCCAUUCAACCUGACCUGUGUGACCCGCGGGGCCAAGCCUGCAGCACACAUCCAGUGGACCAGGAAUGGAGUCCCUGUGGAGGGGGCCUACCAGUCAACGGAAGUGCUACCAGAUAGGAAGAGGGUGACGACCAGGAGCUACUUGCACAUCAUACCAGUCGACAAAGACAGCGGCUGUAAUUUCACCUGUGUGGCCAGCAACCCGGCGGUGCCCAUGGGCAAACGAGCCACUGUUACCCUCAACGUGCACCACCCUCCUACGGUGACCCUGUCCAUUGAGCCUCGCUCCGUCCUGGAGGGCGAGAGAGUCACCUUCACCUGCCAGGCCACUGGCAACCCUCCCAUUAUCGGCUACAGGUGGGCCAAAGGGGGCGUGCUCCUGGAGGGGGCCAGGGAAAGUGUGUUCGUCACCACGGCUGAUCACUCCUUCUUCACCGAGCCUGUGUCCUGUCAGGUAUUCAACGUCGUGGGAAGCACCAACGUCAGCAUCCUAGUGGACGUGCACUUUGGCCCGAUACUGGUAGUAGAGCCCCGGCCAGUUACUGUGGAUGUGGACUCUGACGUCACUCUGAACUGCAAGUGGUCUGGAAACCCCCCACUAACACUCACCUGGACCAAGAAGGGCUCCAGCAUGGUGCUCAGCAACAACAACCAGCUGUAUCUGAAGUCGGUGAGCCAGGCCGAUGCAGGCCAAUACGUCUGCAAGGCCAUCGUACCGCGGAUUGGAGUGGGAGAGACUGAGGUUACACUCACUGUCAACGGCCCCCCCAUCAUCUCCAGUGAUCCAGUCCAGUACGCCGUCAGAGGGCAGAGAGGAGAGAUCAAGUGUUACAUCGCGAGCACCCCCCCACCUGAUAAGAUUGUGUGGGCGUGGAAGGAGAACGUGUGGGAGAAGGAGAAGGGCACUCUGAUGGAGAGGUACACUGUCGAGCAGAGUAAGCCUCCAUCCCAGGGCGGGUCCGUCCUCUCCACCCUCACCAUCAACAACGUGAUGGAGUCUGACUUCCACUCGCCCUACAACUGCACCGCCUGGAACUCCUUCGGACCUGGCACCAUGAUCAUCACCCUGGAGGAGACAGAUACUGUUCCAGUGGGAAUUAUCGCCGCUGGUACGGUGGGCUCCUCCAUUCUACUGCUUUUGUUUCUAAUGGCGCUGGCCUUCUUCCUCUACCGCCAACGCAAAGGCAGUCGUCGGGGUGUCACACUCGGUAAGCCAGACAUCAAGGUAGAGACGGUAAACAAGGAGACCCACAGCCUGGAGGAGGAGGCGGCCGACGUCUCCACGGCAACCCGGAUGGUCAAGGCCAUGUACUCCUUUCUGCCCUCUGUUUCCCUCUCUCCCUCCACUCAGCCGUUCAAAGACGACAUGGACCUGAAGCAGGACAUCAGGAGCGAAGGUGACACCAGGGAGGAGUACGAGCUCAAGGAUCCAACCAACGGUUACUACAACGUCCGAGCCACCACCCAUGACGAGGCGCGCCCCCAGUCCCGUGCCAUCCACUACCAGGGCGAGUUCCGCUCCCCGAAUCCAAACAGCGGGCCAGCCGGGGCAUCUUCCAGCGGCGCACCAGCUGGUGCCAGCAGUGCCGUUCCCCCCAGUGCAGUACCAGGCUCAAGGGCAGGCUGCUACGACCCGCGCCCACCUUCCAGGAUGUCCCAUGCCACCUACGCCCAGUUCAAUACCUUCACCAGGGUGGCACAGAGCCAGCAAGCACCUCCCAAUCCAGCUCUUCAAUCGCCUGGAGAUUACCCCGGAGACUGCGGCCUGCUGGACAACACCACCCAGCUUACCUAUGACAACUAUGGAUACCCCUCCCAGUAUCCCAGCUACCGCAUGGGCUUUGCUCCACCCAUAGAGGAAGGGCCGUCCUAUGAGAUGUAUCCAACAGGACAAGGACCAGGGCCAGGACCAGGGCCUGGGCCGGGGCCCGGGCCUGGGCCUGGGCCAGGGCCGGUGCUGGGGCCAGGGCAACAAAGUCCAGAAACAGGACUAGGGCAGUAUGGAACCUCCACCCGCUUCUCGUAUUCAUCUCCCCCCUCUGACUAUUCCCAAAGACACACGCAGCGGAUGCAGACUCAUGUUUGAAAAACACAUUAAAAUGCUUUGACUUUUCUUUUUGCAGCAUCAACACCUAUCACACAAAAACAUAGAUUUAAAAAAACACACAUAAACAUUCAAGAAUCCAUGUUCAGUUUCUGUAGCAUCCAGUGCAUGUCAUUUGGUUCAUUUUCUGAACCAGUGAAACACCAGAGCAACAGCUCACAGCAGUUAGCAGCAUCAUGUAUAUUACAGUUACCAGCAAUACACACGCACAUACAACACAUAUUUGCGCAGACCUUCUGUUGCGUGCAGUUUUUAUGCACCAACAAAAGCAACAGCGAGCCACAAUCAAGACAAAAAAAGACUAACAACAAAAGAAGAAGAGCACUUUGAAGAUGAGAAGAAGAAAAACACCAGGCGCUUAAGGAGGAGUUGCAGAGGGACCUCUUUCUUCAUGCAGUCCUUGCCCUGCCCUAUGAUCAUCUCCCUGCUGUGCAUCUUCCUUCCACCCCAUCUCUGUAAAUAAGUGCAAAUGGAGAUUUGGGUCAUUUUAAAGUUAUUUCCUUGUAAAAACCUAUACAGUGUGAUGCAGUACAGUGACCUACAGCAAACCUCCUUGCAAUCCACUCCCUUUUGGAAUUUUCUGACUCUCACAUAAUGCAAAAAAAACACAAACACACAGAUCUUUAAAGACUUGUUUGUCUUGAUGAAUUGCAGCAACGGGGCAGCUUGGACUAUAUAUAUUUGGCACUUUUUUAAUCCCUUUUCCUUACUCAACCCUGCCCAGUGGCCAAUUCUUUACAAGAUCUACCUUGAUUUAAGUGGGACAGUUAGUGACCAGAGUGCCAAUGCACACAGAGUAUUACUGUAAGGUGGGUCUUCGUUUGUAUAGAGUGGAUAAGAUAGAGUGGUCAGGAAAAUAAGGUUUUGUACCUGCCACAUCUUAAAGGAAAGGAAAGGAGUGGUAGCAAGUGUCUCUAUAUGCUCAUUCUUGCUCAUUCUAUGCUCAUAUGUCAUUUUUAAUUAUCAUGAUGCAUUUCUAUUCUUCACAUUUUGCUCGAGGUCAAUGCUGUGUAUAGUAUUUGUGAAACGAGGUGUGGCUGGAGCGCUUUUUUCAUUCAAUGAAUUUCAGCAAUUUGUACAAAAAGAUACCUCCCCUACCCUCAAGUGUCAAAAAGUAAUUGUUUCUGUCACUUGCACAGUAGACUAGUUUUUCUUUUCCAUAUUUAUACCGAAACAUAAAAAAAUGGCAUUCAGAAACAUUUUAUAAUAUUUUUAUAAGGAGUUGUGGACCAAAGGCUCAGCGUUUUGGGUGAAACUCACUUUUUAAUGUGUAUGUGGCAAAGUUAUUGGAAACGUUUUGAGUUUCUUUAAGAGCGGUGGAUGAGGUUUUCAAAGUAGAUGUUGAAGACUUAAAUUGGAACAUUCAAAGAGCUUCAUUCCAAAAUGAUAAAUAUCCAACGAGGGCAAAUCAGUUUGGGGUGAUACUCUUUCAUUGACUUCCAGUCUUCUGACUGGACUGCCUUUUUCAAACGUUGACGACCUUCAGAGGGAUGGAUGGAGAACCAGCAGAUGCUCACUUUGAGCUUUGCUGUGAACUCUGUAAGCAAAGGUUCAAGUGUAGUCUAACAUAUCAAAAUGAAGGUACAGAUGGUUCUAUCUAGCUCAUAUGGUACUUUGUACAUGUCCAUGUAAGUACUGGUUUGUUCAAUACAACAGACAAUUUGGUGGUUUAUUUUAGUUUAUGAGAUUUUUCCAUUAUAUAUUGUGUCAGCUUUGGUACGUGUGAUUGGCCUUUAAUGAUCAGCGUUCAUAAUCUCGCUACUAACCUCAAAACUCUACUGAUGCACCUACUGUACAAGUCCCACGUUAAACAGAUCUCUAACGCCCCACUGCCAAAUUAUUUUUCCCCAUGAGAGAAAAUCAAAUGUGUCUGUCUGGUAAGAUCUUGCAGUGUCUGCAACAGUAGUUUUGCUUACGUACCCAACACCAACUAAGUCCGAAUUCCCUCCAUGAUCAGCUUACAAAAGCUUUGUUGGUUGUACCUGUUUACUCAGUGCAGCUGUAAAGUUGGAACAUCAAAAAAUGUUGUGCUUGAUAGUAAGGUCUUGAUGACUUAUUAUGAGUAAGAAGUUAUCAAAAAAAAAGAAAAAAGAAAGCCUUGUUAAAAAAGUUGUUUCAACGGCAUCUAUGAAUGCAAUCACUGAGCAAGCACCGGUUUGAAGACAUUCAUUCGAACUAAAAGCUUUGAAUGACUCCAUUUUGUAUUCUCUAUGUACACAAAAACGUUCAGGUGACAGAAUCACAUCUUUAGGAAAAAAAGAAAUGUUGGAUUGGCUAUUGAUGAGUAAUGAGCACAGUUUUGGCCAAUUUGUGCGAGAUGUUUCCUUGGACCUUCCCUUCUACAGAAAAUAAUUUGACUUCCACCCCCUUACUUAUAAUGUUGCUCACAGAGUGAACUGAAAACGAAGAACUGAAAACAGUAAUAGAAGUAGUUUAUGUUUGCGCGCUGAGCUUCACCAGUGAGAUUGGAUUGCACUCUCCAUCGUACCAUUGCACAACUUCACCUUUUACGGUGCCAAUCAGUGUUGACUAGACUCCGCAUCCGUGGGAGGAAUUAUAAGGUUCCAUCGCUAAUAUUCUUCCGUUUGGGAUUUUUAAUAAUACAUGGCUCUUUUAAACUUAUUUUGGAAACCAAGAGCAAUUGCUUUGACUUUUUCUUGAUGUUUGAGCUUUGUUUAAGGGCGCAUGUGUAUUAAUUACUAAGUUAAGGGGGACUCUAUGACGAGUCACGCACUUGUUUCUCUAGCGUACAAUUUUAAGCAGUUAAAAAUGAUAGCAGAUGAAACGGUGCUUUACAAAAGACCUGAGGCUGUGAAGUGAAGCCAGAUAUCUCAGCACCUCCAGAGGUAAUCAUUGAGUCUUUAUACCUAUCAGCCAUCCUAUCAAGCCUUUUCAGAUGCAGUAUAUCAUGGUAAUUCUAUGCCAAGGGGCAGUAAAAAUUGUAUUUAUUGCCUCUAUUUGGAAUAAACACUUUCAGAAAGGAAUCGGCAGCAACGCCAUUUCUAAUUAGAAUAUCAGAUGGAACCCUGUAGCUGGAAGGUCACUAUAUAAACCGUUUCAGUAGUUAAAGAGAGAAGAACGGCAGAUGGAGCACCCUUUUAAAUUUAUAUGGUUAUUGCAGCUUUGGUGCUGCAUACUAUUACCUCUUUACAACCUUUUUACAGAGUUGUAGCUGUGCAGUAUUUUGCAUUGGACUUGAAAUGUCCUUAUGACCUUGUGUAGAAUGAGUACACAUGACACGGAGGAGGUACAAAUACUCUGCCGCGCCAUUGGUCAUUACCUCUUAACUACUUACAGUCUGCUGACAGUGGGGACACGUACAUAAAAAACAACAUGGAUGCCAAAACAAAUGCGAAAUUGAUCUUUAUUUUUGUUUCAGCGAUGAAAAAAUAUGCAGUUUAGAAUGGAAAAUAAGUUAUUUCAUGUCUUUUCCCCCUCUUUGCCAUACCUACUGUACCUCCCAGCGCAUUGUGUACUGAUACACUUUACUCUCUCCCCUGUGUCAUAUCAACAGCCACCUACCAGCUUCCAAAUAUAGAACUUGUCUUUAAAUGAA